GGGGAAGUUGUAAGCGCGGGAACAAGUAGGCCGAGACAAAGUACUAGGGGGUAGUACUACAGAAUUUGAUUAUAGGAGGUUACGAAGAAGGAUCCUACGUAAACCAAAAACUGUCAUAGCCUUGUAAGAAGCAGAAGGUGGGUGCUAAUCUAUCUUUCGAAUUCUUCGAGGUUGAACAUAAGAAUAUACAACCUUGUUUCUACAUGAACAUCAGCGACGCUCUAGUCGUACUGCGCUUGAGCGGACAACACGAUUGCAGCUGCUUCAGUACCAUUUACUGGUCAAAAGUUGAAGAUGCCAACUUCGCCGACAAGAUCACUAAGCACGAUGAGUGCGCAGGUGGAGAAGAGUCCUCUGAGGGCAACAGACAUAGAGAGGUGUCCUUUUCUCUACUCAACAGCAAGUUUCAGUAGGACGUACGGCCUUGGGGUUAGCGAGGAUCCCGGUCCUGGUGCAUACGAUUCGAGCCUUCCAUGUAAUGAUACACGAUCUAUUUUCUCCUACAGUACUUCUUCCACUUGUUCUUCCUACGUUUUCUGAACUAUAAGUACUCGUCUAGACGACGAGCUAAAAGGGUUUCUUUUCACCGCAAGAACCUAGAUCUUCAACGACGUCAAAAAUCUCGGCACUGUAUCUCCCAGUAAAAUCACAAUAUCAUUCACAACUGCUCUUCAAUCUCAGCAAUCGGACCCCAGUGGCGUAGUGACAAGCCUUCAGCGCCAAAGCUUUCAAUAUUGCCGAAACAUGAGAAGUCAUGGUCCAAAGUUUUCAUAUCGCGGGAGGCAUCAAAGGCAUCUGGCAGAGCAAGGGAAACACCUGGACCGGGUAUUAUUGAUAGACGGCAUCGUCGAUUACGAACUAGCUGAUGUAUUUGUUGUACUAGCUCUACUAGUAGCUGCAGGAGAGUUCGAAUGAAGUACUUGGUAAAUUUAGACUUUUUUGUAUUUUUGUACAAUUCGGAGUUGUUGAGCUAGGAAUCUGGGGGAGCUCAAUGAGAAAGAUCCCCAACCUAACUUAACCGAUCAGAAGAAUGAUUUUUCUGCUGAGGAUUCAUCCUGAUGAUCGUGAUCGUUACUUAAUAUCUCUAUCCGAAAAUGUUGCCUGUAGUGCAUAAGAAUGUUAAUAUUUUGAAAUUACGAAGGUACCUAUGAUAUGCCCGUCGAGGCGAUACCAGAAACGACGGGAGUCAGAUUUUCUCAGGCUAUGCGGCCAGACCCAGACAUCCCCAAUCCAAGCCCCGGCCCAAUCUACGACGUGCGGAUGACGGCGGACAAGAAUACAGCGCCACCAAUCGGUCGCGCUGAUAGGUAUUCAUCUUUGUAUAAUCAUAAGAGAAAAAGUAGUGAUAGCAGUAGCACACCUUCAUGUGAUAAUAAAUCUGUUUUAUUCAUGCUGAAGUAGUAGUAGACACCAUCACCAGCAUCAGCAUAACUAUUACUCACAAACUACAGUACUACCAAAUGAAAUAGACGCACCGAUCAUGAUGAUCUUCUGCAUCCGUGUUUCACAACUUCUGCCUAACAAAAACAUCAGAUGGGAAGUUGGUGCAAUCGAUAAAAGCUACUUGGGACCAGGGGAAUACAAGGUACCGGAUUCGUUUGCAGUUCAGCAGAGAUUAGCCAAGUCUUUUUCUGAGGGUCGCGAAGCAUGGGAGAAGGUUUUGUUUCCUGGGGGAGAAAAGCAAUUCCUUGGACGUGCUUCGCAAUCACUAGGGAAGCUGAGAAAAUUCGAAAGUACGCCUUCUUGUUACAAGAACUACUUUAGUAUGUACUAAAUGAUGAUGAAGAAAUUAUCGUCGUACUACUGGUACUAGUUGUGCUAGAACACGAAGUACUUCUUUUGUGGUCCUCAUCACGACGGAUCAUGUCGUGUAGUUGAUUUAAUCAUGUUGACAAAAAAUCGAGCAGUGGAAUCAAGCAGAAAUGAUGUUCAUCUACUUCUGAACAUAAAAACCUACUACUCGUUACUACCUUUUGAAGCAGGUGAAGUUCACCUUGAAAUUGCGUUAGAGGACUAAUAGUGCUCCCAAUCCAGUACACCUACCACAGCUUCUGCGAAGACAGCGCCAUUUUGUAGGGCUGGUCGGAACGGCUUCGGUGGCAUGUGGAGUGGGCAAAUGGCAGGCGCGAGCAUUCCUGGACCUGGGGCUUACGACGUGGUUAAUUCCAAAAUUACGGGAUACAAUCACCACGACAUCAAUGCUUAUUUCAUCUCUUCAGUCUUGUUCCUUUAGCAUCACAACCUACAACAUCUUCCUGCUGGACUCUUUUCAUCUUUCCCAUGUGAUGUUGUUUCAUCCAGAACCCUAUAAAUAUUCUACUGGGGUACUGCUACUAGAGAAAAGUAGUCAAGGAUUCAAAUCUGAUUCGGGAAUGUAAAGAUGAUUUCACAAUAGAACAAGGUAGAAGCUCUAACAGACGUGGUAGUCUGUUUCGGUCGAAAGCCGCCUUCAACUUCGGGAAGCCACCACCCGCAGCACGCCUGAACUGGCAGCGACAGGUUUACGAGACGUCAACGUGGACCAGACUGGCGAUGAGUAAAAAUGUAAGAACAAACAGGUAG